AUGGCUCCUCACAAACCUUCCAGCAACAAACAUUCCAAGAAGAAUCGAGAUUCAGCUCUUUCUCCUGCGCAUGAUUUGAAGGGACCAAUGACUAUUGGAAACCAACAAUAUGUUCCUGAACCUCCAAAUGAGAGAGAAAAAGAAUGUAUCUACAAAUCCCAGGUAUUAAUUCCUGUUCUUGUUUCUGGAAACUGUCACGCUAUGUUAGGUCCACUUCCGAAUCCAGAGAUUAAACCAGAUCGUUUAAAAGAAUUUUUUCCAACUUAUUUCCAUACCAAACCCAUAGGUGUUGGAGUGAAACCUCAACCUAAAGAAAAAACUGUAGAACAAAAUGAUCCACCGAGUUCGACGGAUGAUGGAGAGUUGAACUUAACCUAUUUGAAUUACACCAGGAUAUUUAGAACUUGUCCAUGGUCGAAAGACCCUUCAGACUACUUAUCUUGGCUAGAUAAAGUUGAAAAGAUUAAAGGGGAUAUUUGGAAGGAAGUAGGCAUCUUCGACCUUAUUCAAUUGUCGAGAGUAGGACCCAAUAUUUGCCCCAAUAUGCUUUUAGCUUCGCUUUAUUUUUGGGACAGUACCUACAACACUUUUCACCUUCCUUGUGGGAUGGUUACGCCCACUCUCUUCGACGCAGCAACCAUCCUUGGCUUUCUCCCCAAUGUGAUAGAUUUCGACCCCAUUAACCUAAACAAAGAUACCAUCGCUUUCGACACUAGCUUUGCUCCAUACUCUUUAUUUACGUCUUAUUAUCAUGACAAGAGUACCACGGAAGUCUCGGAUGUCGAACACAUAGCCUUUUUGACUCUGUGGCUAUCCAAAUAUGUGUUUUGCUCUUGUUCCCUCCAAGUUGCCAAGAGAUUCAUCACCAUGGCCAAUCAGCUUCACGCAGGCACCAAACUAUGUUUAAGUGAAAUAGUUUUGGCGAAUCUUUACGAAUCUUUGAGUGAGAGCGUACAUCUUUUGAAAACCAUCAAAACCCAAGGUAAAAUCAAUUUGUCAAGACCUUUCUGGAUUUUACAAUUAUGGCUCAAUGCCACCUUUGAAGCUUCUCUUCCUGUAGAACCAGAGGUGGACGAAGAAAAAGUGAAAGGCAGGACUGUCGAAUGGCCUAGGUUGGUGCAACUAACGCCAACUGAUGAAGGAAUUAGCCUUCGACAAGCUUUCAAAAGUUAUGUCAUGAUGUUUGCCAAAAGGUACCAUUUUACUUCGACCAUGGCACCUUUUGCUGAUAGGAAAAUUGGACCUGAAUGGUUUACCCAACAACUGCCUUUGGAAAUGCAGAAGGAUGAAAACGUAAGUCGAAAACCCCCAUCAGUCCAAAAAAGAAAGAAUGAAGAGGAGAAAGAAGAAGAUAAAGUUCCUAAUGAAGAAUCUGGUGACGAAUCUCCAGAGCUAAUCCCCCCUCCUCAGAAGAAGAAGAAAAUCAAGAAGGUCUCUUCCCAAAGAUCCAUUGUUAAAUCAGUUAGAAAGGAUUCUGCAAGUACUCCCAGUGCUAACCUUCAGUCGAAGGAUACGGAGAGUGGGAAAUCUAGUUUUAACACUGAGAUUCCUGAGAAACAAUUGGCUGUCGAAAGAACACCUGAGAAAACUCUGGAAGAAACAGUCCAAGAAGAAGAUAUCCCCCCAAGUGAUCAUGACAGACAAGCUAUAGCAGAAUUCGACGCUACAAUGGGUGAAGCUUCUGAAGACGAAUCUCCUCCUCAUCCAGGAUUAAAUGCUGCAAAUCAGGGUGACGAUACUGACAUGGAAGUUGGGGUCGAAGAUGACCAUGAAGACGAAACUGCCAAAGAUGGGGACGACCAGCCGAAACAAACAGAUGCUGGGCAAACUUUAGGGAGAAACAGUCAACCCGCUCCUGACCAGACCCCAGGAAGUGCCAAAUCAACUGGUUUCUUUCGCGAAGAGCUUGAGAGUCUCAAAGUGCAGAAACCCUUAGAGUAUCUGAAGCUUUCUGAAACUUAUAUCAAAGAAGUUGCUGCUUGUAAUGAUAAUAUCCAGAAAUGGGAGAAACAAAUAGCAGCACUUCAAGAAAAAAUUUCCCAAGAGAAAAAACGCAAAGCAUCCAUACAACAACCUAAGCAUGAUGAGAUCGACGACGAACUGAAGGUAGGUAUUCGACAUGCAGAAAAAGCUCAGCAACUUAGUCAAGAGAUUGAGACUCUCUCUACUCACAAAAGUCUUUGUGACCAUCGACUCCAGUUUCAGAGGAAGAAAUUCGCCACGUUGAAGGAAACUUUUGCUAGUAUCAAUUUGUAG